AUUGCUAUGAUAUAUGUAUAACUAUUAUCCCUAUUUUAUAGAUGAUGAAGCUGGCUUAGAGAUAGUAAGUUGCUCAAAGUCAAAUAGCUUUCUGUAGAGCUGAGAUUCAUACUCCAGCAGAAUGACUCCGAAACUUACAUUUAUCGCCACUGAAAAUGUCUUCUGGUAUUUCUGGAUUUAGAAAGCUCAGAAAACUCAGGACAGUUGUCUGUCCUCCCCCCUCCCCCCGCCCCCGGCCCGGGAUAUGCAUACACACACUUAGAACACGAUUUUCUGUGCUCAUUUUUUAUUCUUUUCUUCCUGGUUUCUUCUCAGUUCUAAAGACAUGGGCCAGUUUAUCUGCAAAGCUGCAUUUAAUAGAGUUAGGUAAAACAGUCCAGAGAAAGGAACUGUGGAGAGAGAAUGACUUUAGAUCUAUCUGGGUAAGGUUUUCACUUGCUGCUAAAAAGGAAACAGAGAGAAAGCAUAACUUGGGAGUCCAGGGAAGAUUGGCUCAGUUAGCCAGGGUAGGUGGCAGGAAGAUUGACCCAAGGACUGGAUUUUGUCCUCAUCCACAUCUUAGGUCAGGAAUAGCCCAGAGAUGGCACUUCUGCCUCCUGGUCCAUGGAAGACAUUGAUAAUUGGUCAAAACCCCCUUUCUCCUUGAGUUUAGAGAUAGCCUCAGUUUCCUUCCCAAGGCCAGGUCCUACACAGUCACUCCAUAUAGAAGAUGUGGCAUAUAUGAUGAAACCUUAUCACAAUCCUAGCUUUAUGUUAUACCUGUGACUCCAUCUCAAACACAGAGCCUAUCGAGAGGUUUUGUAUGACUCAUUCCUAGUCCUAGAAAAGCAAUUCCUGGCAAGUCUGUGAAGUUUUCACUGGCUGCAUUAAUUAGGAAAGAUUUGCAUAUUUUCUUCCUAUACGUAUGAAAUUGAACCCUCCUUUGUCAUCUAAGCCUUGCAGACACAGAAUGUGUAGUAGUUAAUAGCAUGGGCUCUGGCGUCAGAUUAUCUGGGUUUGAUCUUCUAGUGGUAUUGUGAGGAUUAGAUGACUUAAUAAAAUAAAACACAUUUAACAGUACUCAGCUUAUAGUAAUGCUUAGUGAAUAUUAGCUAUUAUUAUUACUACUAUUACACUGUGGCAGAGACCUUAUUUAGGAAAAUGUUGAUUGUUUAAAAUUAGGAUUGCAGACUUCCAGCUCUAGCAGCAAGAGGGUUAGGUAUCCUGAAUUAUCCUCCGGUUGAAAACAACCGAAAUAAAUGAAUGGAAUAUAAAGAAUAUUUAAAAAAUACAUCUCUGAGCAAGAAAGGAAGGAAGACAUUCGCAGAGGUUGAAAACUAAGUGAAAGUGGGAACCUGGAGGGCAAAUGAACAUCAAAGCAGAUUUCAUUUGGGGUAUCUGACAAAUCUUGGUGACCUUGAAGUUUUAUUUUGAUGUAUACACAGGACUUAGAAGGCAAGAGGUAAAGCCUAAGAUUGGCCUAACUUGGGGGAUCUCAUAAGAGACCCAUACACAAAGCUCAGUUUAACGUUAAACUCCAAAUGAAUCUGCCGUGUGGAAUGGGACAACAAGGAAACUUGUCUGGUUUGACCAUGGUUUGAAUGGAGGGAAAAAAUGUCUCCUAAGAAUUUAUAGCCACAAGCUGGUCCUCUCUGGGGUUUGAGCAUGAAUGAGAAGUCUGAGUUGCAUAAAGAAAUGGUGAGCAAAUAUGUGAUUAAUAUGUGGUUAAAUAAAAACAUUGUAUAAAACAACAACAGUAAUAAUAAUGUCUAAUUGGUUAGACAAAUCAAAAUAGGAUAGAACCAAAAUACUAGAUAGCCAUAGAAUUUAAAUUCAAGGAGUGAUGGCUGACUAGGGUUGAAACACUGUAGGAUACAUGCAGUGUUUAAGAGGCAGCUAAAAAUAUUUAUGAAAUUUAGAGUUUGUUAAGUUUGCAUGUUUAAAAAAUCUAGAUUAACCACAAAAAAUAUAUAUACAACAAGCUCCCCCUUUCUUAAAUACCUUUUUUUUUUUUUUUUUUUUUUGCAGUACACGGGCAUCUCACUGCUGUGGCCUCUCCCAUUGCAGAUCACAGGCUCCGGACGCGCAGGCUCAGCGGCCAUGGCUCACAGGCCCCGCCGCUCCGCGGCAUGUGGGAUCUUCCCGGACCGGGGCAUGAACCCGUGUCCCCUGCAUCGGCAGGCGGACUCUCAACCACUGUGCCACCAGGGAAGCCCUUAAAUACCUUUUGGAACUCUUCUCAGAUUGUGAAGAUGGAAGGGGUCCAACCCCUGGAUGAGCAUGUUGGAAACGCACCAGGACGGAGAUUCUUGAGGAACAAGCUAUUGCUGGUGUCCUCCGUAAUUCAGGGGCUGGGGCUGCUCCUGUGUCUCACCUACAUCUGUCUGCACUUCUCUGCUCAGGUGCCAUCUCAAUACCCUCCAAUCCAAAGUAUCAGAGUACAGUUUACCAAGUGUGAAAAUGAGAAUGGUUUCAUCAUCACAUCCCCAAACAAGGAUGGAACCAUGAAGGUGCAAAACAACUCAAUCAUCAUCAACUGUGAUGGGUUUUAUCUCAUCUCCCUGAAGGGCUACUUCUCUCAGGAGCUCAGCCUCAGGCUUCAGUACCGGAAGGGUCGAGAACCCCUCUUCUCCCUGAGCAAGGUCACAUCUGUUGACUCUGUCACAGUAGCCAAUCUGGCUUUCAAGGACAAAGUCUACCUGAAUGUGACCACUCACAGUGCCUCCUGCGAAGACAUUCAGGUGAAUGGUGGGGAAUUGAUUCUCAUUCAUCAAAAUCCUGGUGGAUUCUGUGUCUACUGAGGACCUGAUGGCUGCAUCUAAGCCAGGCACCAACAUGAAUGCCAAACUGGGGGUGGACAGGACACAGAUUCUUCCUUGGGAGUGGAGGAGUUAUCCCAGCUCAGCCCUCAUAUAUGGCCACUUGAGAUGUGACCAGAAGAUCACUCCCUCCCCCACUCAGGGAUAUUUAAAUCUUUAUUUUAUGUACCAAUUAACUUUAUGUAUUUAUCCUUAUAUCUUCUAAAUCACCUAGCCCUCAUCCCUCAGGAUUGCCUCAAGCCUGUUGGCACCUCCAAGAGAGUGAGAAAAAUAGGUGCCUCUUCCUCAGGAUGUUGUUUCUAUUGAUCAGGAAAUUAUUGUAAUACACUUUCAUUAUUGAAAAAGACACUUGACUACCAUGUGCUGGAUAUUUGACAUCUGGUACUGUCAAAAUGAAGAAGACCAAGGAGAGGGUUUAUGAAUCUGCCAAAGGUGGUGGAUUGACCCCUGGCAGCCAAAGGUGCCUCUUCAAGAUGAAAUUGGUUGAAGUUUGCAUAUUGCCUAAAUACCUCUCUCAUGUGGCGGAGUUCAAAAGGAAAAUCAACUUGUGAACAGCUGUCAGGACUUGAUGAAGAUAGCUGGCUAAGGAAUACUCUGUGCUUUUUUCUUUCUUUUUCCUCCAUUUUGCUUUCCCAGCCUCCAAAUGUUCUUGAUAGAAAUUUCCCUUCAAAGAACCAUCUCAGGGAUGUGAUGCUGUGAAAAAUGUAAUCAGUGACUUAAGGAAAACUGAGAGAAAUUUUUCUAAACUGGGAGAGUGAGAUAAUUUAUUGUGAGGGUUAUCUUUAUCACUCAGGAGAGCUGUGAAACUGGACCUCUCAGAGUAACAGUCAGUGGGAAUUUAAACUGUCUGGGAAGGAAAUCCCAUUCUUUGCCACAGAGAGGCGAAGUAGCACAUGCCCAUCCUCCUGCUUAUGCUGAGCUACAUACUCAGCCCCACACCUUGUACUCAUGGACCACCUUGUCUCAAAAAAAAAAAAAGAAGCAAUUCUAUGAUCAAUUGCAACUUUAUGUCAAAAAAACAUUGAGACGCCAUUACAUCUUAUGAAAAAUAAUGAUCUCUGUCUAGAAACACCAUAAUAUCACAUAUGAUCUCACAUUGAUAGUUGAGGCUAGAAGGACCAAUAAUCAGCCAAUACCAAGGCUUUCAAGAGAAUAAGAUCACCUAAUGUUUAGUUUAAAUAUCCCACUUAAUGUAUCUGGUUUAUGGCAUUGUGGACAAAUGUGAUUUUUCUUAAUUUCCAGAUGAUUUGUAAGUUUUCUGUGUCAAAACUUUUACAAAUUUGAAUUUUUUUAUAAAAACUUUUUAGAAUGGUAGCAAGUGUUUCCCUGCAGUUUUAAAUAGAGUGUGUGACAUAUCAUAGAAUAUUUCUGGAUGAUUCUGGGUCAUCAUAGUAGUUGUACUGUGGUGUGCUGCAGUGAUAUCUUCAGGGUCUCCAGAAAGGUGGAAGGCAGUUUGGCCCUACACUAAAUGGUCUCAAUUACAUUUGGAUUUUUUUCUUGUCUGUUUGAUACAAUUAUUUUCCAUCUCCAAUUAAGUGCCUGUCUGUCUCCAACUAUAUUCCCACCACUCAGUUUUAAUCUGUUAUAGGCAGAAGCUAAAUCAAAAUUCUAAAUAAAAAGAAGCUAAAUAAAAGAAACUGUGCAUAAGGUAAGAGUAACCAAACUCUGAGUGGCUGCCCAGGUACUCACAUAAUUGUUAUAAUCCUAGGUAAACAUCUAUGGAGGGCCUGCUGUAGACCAAGCGUUAGGCUAAAUGCUUUACAUGAAUUGGCCCCCCACCCUUCCCCAAGCCGGCUUGCGGGAUCUUAGUUCCUGGCCCAGGGCAGUGAAAGUGCCAAGUCCUAACCACUGGACCACCAGGGAACUCCCCUACGUGAAUUGUUCUGAGCAAGAUAUUCUAUGAGACCCGUCUUGACUACUCAGAGGGUUUAAACGUGUGUGUGUGCGCAUGUGUACUUCUUUGUUAUUGACUAUGUUCUCAAAGUCAAAGUUAUUCAGUAUUACUUAUUCUAAGUAAAUGUUUAUGAAUAUAGAUAAUAUUUAAGAAAAUGUAUGUUUAUGUUUUUUAAGUUUGGAAUUUCUGACGAUAUUUCUUCUGGACUACACUUUCCAAGCCAAAGCUUGUUUUGUGGGUUGGUUGUCUUUGGUGUUACGGCCCCUCCUCCCAGGCACCCACUCCCUGUGGGUACACAUGGCCUGCUCUUCCCAUGCUGGCCUCCUCCAGCCACACAGGGACAUUUCUGCCAUCCACUAGACUCACUCCCCCAGCUGCCACCCGUCAAAGUAUGUGUGUCCUAUGUAAAUCAUUCCUUCAAAGGGAUAAUUAACCUUUCUCCGAAAACAGUGGAGUUUUGUGGAAAUGAAAAGUCAGGAGAUUAGAAUUCUAAUUUUGACUCAGUCACUAACUAGCAAGGGACCUUGGACAACUAAUUCCCCAUUUUUGGAUCCUGCUUUUUUCCUCCCUUGUUGAAUGAUCAUUUUAGAGUCUUAUGCUCAUAAUGCUAACUGUGAAUGUACAUAGUAAAUACCUAUGUACUGGUUACUGUGAGUCAAUAUGUAUAAUCUUCUCUUUUACUGUAUGGAGUUUUUUUUUUCUCCUACAAACUAACAUUUUUCCUCAGCCUUUUUGGUGAUUCCUUUGAGGGCAGUUGCCAAUUGUUACUUAGUGACUUAGUGACUGUUUAGGGAAUGGCUUAAGGGAUUCCAGUCUUGAUUCAAAUUGUAAUUAGUUCUUAAGCAUACCAGGCAGGUCCCCUAUUUUAAACCAUAGUUUUGUAUUUAGUGCUCUCCUGGCUCUCAGAGAGUAUUAAUAUUAACAUUAAUAAUAUAGCUAAUAAUAAUAUUGAUAUUUACAGGGAAACAAAUAAAAGAUCUCAGA